UUUAGCCGCGCGUAAGGGCCAAGCCGUGCUCUCGGCGGCGUGGUGCGAGGGAGGUGGGGGAAUCGCCGUCCCUCUCCCCCUGCUCUCCCUCCCCUUCCUCAUCCCUCCUGACGUCUGGGAGUUGAAAUCUCUAACCACGCUGAGGAGCGGACGAGGCGCCAGGGCUGCUUCUCCCCCAAUUUAAGAAUGUAGCUGGAUUCGUCGCACCUCCCGGCUGACUCCAGGGAAAGCCGCGCCGCUCCACAGAGGUCCCAACCACCAUGCUGAUUCACACUUGCUUCUUUUUUGCCUGCCUGCCUGUGGCGAGCCAUGUCUGGGGACGCGUGGGCCAAGGGUCAGGCCGGCUGAAACUCACUGUGCUUUCAGAAGACAGGCUCCAAAUGAAAUGGAAAGAGACCGAAGGGAACAUCAAUGGCUACAAAGUUCGGGUAAAGCCCAUGGCAGGGGACUCGGAGCAAGAAGUCAUGCUGAAAACCAAGACUCCCAAAGCCACAGUGGGGGGGCUGAGCCCUACCAAAGAAUACACGCUGCAGGUCUAUGUGCUCAACGGCUCCCAGGAAGCCCUGUUUGCCAAAAGGAAAUUUGUGAUAGAGGAGCUAAAAAAUGCAUCCCAGACUAGAAAUAACCGAAGAAACUCAGGAGUUGCGUCAGGAAAGAAUCUCACCUCUUCGGGGACCUCAGCAGAGGCCACCCCACCACCCCUGAAUGCUGUCUUGACACAGCCAGGAAAGGACAGAGCUGAAAAGAAAAGGCAGAAAGGGACUCAGCCAAAGGGCUCAGGAGAAAGCACAAGAAAUCAGCCCAGUGCGGAGACCAGUGUGACACAAGCAACACCAACAACCACAAGAUCAUCCCAGCGCACUCCUGCAAACCCGGAGCGAGAGUCUCUAGGAAAAGAAAAACCCACCAAGGAUUCAUCGAGGCGAGGUUCCCAGUUUCAGUGCGACACAUCUGCAAUGACUGAUAUUGUCCUGCUUGUGGAUGGAUCUUGGAGCAUCGGACGCAACAAUUUCAAGCUCAUUAAGGAGUUCCUGAGCAAUUUGAUUUCCCCAUUCAGUAUUGCCCAAGACAAGAUAAGAGUAGGGCUGUCCCAGUACAGCAGCGAUCCCCGCACAGAGUGGGACCUGAGUGCUUACUCUACGAGGGACCAGGUGCUGGAGGCCAUGAGGAGUCUGCGGUACAAGGGUGGCAACACCUUUACAGGUCUGGCGCUGACUCACGUCCUGGAGCAGAAUUUGAAACCAGAGGCUGGUGCCCGGUUGGAGGCUGAGAAGUUGGUAAUCCUCCUGACUGAUGGAAAAUCCCAGGAUGAUGCCAACCUGGCUGCUCAGACGUUGAAAAACCUGGGCAUAGAGAUAUUUGCCAUUGGGGUGAAGAACGCGGACGAGGCAGAGCUGAAGCAGGUGGCCUCGGAGCCGCUGGAGCUCACGGUGUACAACGUGUUGGAUUUCCCCCUGCUGAGCUCUCUGGUUGGCAGGCUCACCCGGGUCCUGUGCACCAGGAUCAAAGAGAAGAGCAACAAGGAAAAUGCAGGCAGCACUGUGAAAGAUAUCCCUGUGAACACGGGUCCCCAGCUGAGCCCAACUGACCUUAAAAUAUCAGCGGUGACCUCUAAGAGCAUGCACUUGACCUGGAGUCCUCCUCUGAGACCACCAAAGAAAUAUCGGAUUGUGUAUAAUCCAUCUAAGGGCGGUAUCCCCAAAGAGGUGGUUUUAGAUGGAGCAGUCUCCUCUUUGCAGCUUUCCAAUUUGACCUCGCACACGGAGUAUCUGGUGUCGGUGUUUCCUAUUUACGACACAGUGGUUGGGGAUGGGCUGAGAGGCGUCACCUCCACAUUGCCUUUGUCUUCCCCUCGCUCCCUGCGCGUCUCUGAGCUGAGCCACAACAGCAUGAGGCUGAGCUGGAAGGCGGCCCAGGGAGCCACGCAGUACCUGGUGCUCUGCUCCGCAGCCCCCGACGGAGCAGAGGACUAUACAACAGAGGUGAAGGUGGCCCAGCCUGAGGUCCUGCUGGACGGGCUGUCGCCCAGCACGGAGUACUCGGUCGCCGUGUACGCGAUGUAUGGAGAAGAUGCCAGUGAUCCAGCCAGCAUCCAGGAAACCACCCUGGCCUUGAGUCCUCCUAGAUACCUGAGCUUCUCUGAGCUCAGCCACGCGUCUGUCCGAGUCAGCUGGGAGGCUGCGUCUCCGGCCGUGAAAGCUCACCGCGUCGCCUAUGUUUCUAGCAGAGGGAGCAACCCCGGGGAGGUAGAGGUUCCUGGCACUGCAACAUCCACUGUCCUGAGACCUUUAUCCUCCCUCACCCAAUACUUUAUCAGUGUCCGAUCUACAUAUGAUGAAGGGGACUCAUUUCCAAUUACCGGCAAUGUCACCACCUUAAAGGUCCCCCCGCCGCAGGCGCUGAAGGUUACCGAGCUCUCCGGGAACAGCCUCCGACUGCAGUGGGAAGCUGUGGCUGCCUCUGAUGUGGUUGUCUAUCAGAUCAAAUGGAGCACAGUUGGUGGAGAGAAGCCUCAGGAGCUCUCCAUCGCUGGAAAUGUGGCAACUGCUGUCCUGCCAGGCUUGCAGAAGAACACCGACUAUAAAAUAUCCAUCUGGGCCUAUUACAAAGAUGGUGCUCGAAGUGACACGGUUUCUGUUCAGCACAGGACCAAUUCCCGGAGCCCACCCACCAACCUCUUCAUCGACUCCGAGACCCCCACCAGCCUCCAGGUCCACUGGACCCCCCCCGAUGGCCGCAUACAACACUACAAAAUCACCUACAACCCUGUUUCUGAUGCUGGUGCUCAGCAAACAAUCAUGGCUUCUGGCAAAAGCAGCAGCGUGACCCUGCAGUCACUGCUGCCUGAUCGAGCCUACAAGGUGGUCGUUUCUGCCAUCCACUACACGGGAGAGAGCGAGACCACAUCCACAACGGGACGGACGGCUCCUGUGUUGUCUAAAUUCCCUUCAAUACGAGGAUUCUUUCCAGCUAAAACCGAAGCCUGCCCCACCAUCAGCUCCACCGAAGGCUCCGUACGAGGAUUUGAUAUGAUGGAAGCUUUUGGCUUGGUAGAGAAGGAAUAUGCCUCCAUUAAAGGCGUAGCUAUGGAGCCAUUCGUAUUCAGCGGUUCCCGUACCUUCACCCUCUUCAGAGACACUCAGCUCACCCAGAGGACCAGCGAUGUCCACCUCUUUGCCAUCCCGCCCGAGCACACCAUCAGCAUCCUCCUGCGCCUCCUGCCCGAGACCCCCAAGGAGCCCUUCGCCGUGUGGCAAAUCACAGACGAGGACUUCCAGCCCCUCCUUGGUGUUAACCUUGACCCCAGUAAGAAAUCCUUGACCUAUUUCAAUCAUGACUACAAGGCUGAUUUACAGGAAGUCUCCUUUGACCAGCAGGAAGUGAAGAAGAUAUUCUAUGGGAGCUUUCAUAAGGUGCACGUGGCCGUGAGCCACUUCAAGAUUGCGCUCUAUCUGGACUGUAAGAAAAUUGCAGAGAAACCUAUCAACACCGUGGGCAGCAUCUCCACCGCUGGCUUCAUCAUGCUGGGAAAAGUGACCAGGACCAGAGGACCCAGGAGCGGGUCUGCAUCGUUCCAGCUGCAGUCUCUGCAGAUCGUGUGCAGCAGUGUAGGGGCAGAGGAAGACAGAUGCUGUGAUCUCCCUGCUCUGAGGGACGAGGAGACCUGCCCUACCUUAGCUCCUGCCUGCUCUUGUACUUCUGGCCGCCCGGGCUUGCCAGGACCUCCAGGGCCCCCUGGCAGCCCUGGGAGGAGAGGACCGCAAGGGGAGCAGGGGGAGCCAGGACCCAAGGGUGAACCAGGCCCACCGGGACAAGUAGGGCCAGAGGGUCCUAGUGGCCAACAAGGCUCUCCAGGUUCCCAAGGAAUCACGGUUCAGGGUCCUGUGGGGCCACCAGGAAUUAAAGGAGAGAAAGGAGACACUGGGAGUCCUGGCAUGCAGGGCAUUCCUGGUGUGCAGGGAGCUCCAGGCAGGGAUGGUCUUCAAGGUGCAAAGGGGGUGAGGGGACUAGAAGGCACAGCUGGGCCUCCAGGACCUCCUGGACCAAGGGGUUUCCAAGGAGUGACAGGCUCUCGAGGCAGCAGCGGAGAGAAGGGACCUCCAGGUGACAUUGGGCCAACAGGGCUGCCGGGUCCGAAAGGAGAAAGAGGAGAGAAAGGGGAACCACAGUCCUUGGCCACAAUUUACCAGCUCGUUAGCCAGGCUUGUGAGCGGAUGAUUCAGACUCAUGUGUUGAAAUUUGACUCAUUCAUUCAUGAACACGCGAGGAAGCCAGUUCCUGUUUGGGAAGAAAGGUUAAAACCAGGAGAACCAGGACCACCAGGUCCUCCAGGUCCUCCUGGGAGCAAUGGAGAAAGAGGAGAAAAUGGCAUCCCUGGACAGCCAGGCAAAGAUGGGUAUCCUGGAGAAAGAGGUGCCCCAGGGCCCAAAGGAGAAAAAGGGAUGUCUGGAGCCAGUGAAGAAGGGAUCCAAGGACCCAGAGGCAGAACAGGUCCACCAGGAGAAGUUGUGCUGGGGAAGCCAGGUCCAAAGGGUUACCCUGGGAAUGCUGGUCCUCAAGGUUUUCCCGGUGUCAGAGGACAGCCUGGGCAGUCUGGAUAUCCAGGAGGUUGUGAUAUCUCUGGAUGUUAUGGAGCUGGUAGAAGAGAUUUCAUCCCCUGAUGGUUGGUGUGGAGGCAGCUGAAGACAUUGCUUCCAUUGCCCUGGAAAUCUCUGGGUGAAAGCUCCACGCACUCCAAGAGAAGGAGCAACCUGAACACCAUAUGUGUUGUUUGGGUUUUUUUUUAAUGUCCCAUCAUUUCUAUAUGGACAAGUCAAUCAAACACUAAAGCCACCAAACCAGCCUGUGUUCAGAGGAGUCAUCCGUCUGUUUUUCAGCACUGGAGAACUGCGGUGUUCAAACUCACAUCGCACAUCCCGCAGCAAGACAAAGACACAGUCAGUGGUACGGGCUGACAGACUUGUAAAGAAAAAAGAAAUAAUGUAUUGCAAUGCUCAGAAAUAUCAGAUAAUUUUUGCCCAUUUUGCCUGCUUGUGGGUUGUUUGGUUUUUUUGUCACUUACUUGUUAUUCUGGGUCCCCAGCACAGAGAAAAACAGCACCUCAUGCCCAAAGAUGCAAAUCCACUGGAGAAAAACUGCUUUUUCUGUUGGUUGGCAAGGUAACAAAGUCUAGCACCAUUUUGACUGUUUCUGCCUUUGGCAAAACACUGAUGGCUUCCUUGCAGGGGUGUUAUGUACACAAGCAUCGCAGACAGCGUGAUAACCUUCCCGUGAUGUGACAAACCCCACCGUUUAACCCCGUUCUCUGGGGCUUGGUAACUGUCAAACAAAGCCUUAGAUGAGACAGAGUGCAGCCGUGUAGGGAGAGGAGCUGGAGAUUAACCUCCUGGCCUCUUCCAUCCCUCCCUCCUGCAGUCUGCGUAGCUACUUUGCAUUUUAUCAGGUAGAAUAUUUAAUAGCUCUGAGUCUGACUUUUAUCUAUGUGACACGGAGGUAACUGUCAUGUUACACCCCUGUCCCUGCGUGAGCCAUGGUCUACUACGUGUCCACAACAAACCACACAGAUACUGAUAAAAACAUCCCUCCUGCUUUGCAAUGGCUACUUUAGGCAGUGCUCCGUUACACCGCUUGUAAACCGCCCCUGCUUCCGAAACAAGUGUUUCUAAACUGUGAUUUAAACCUGGAGCAACAAAUUUAUUUUUUUUUUUGUAAAAGCAGAAUGAAGCAAAAGGUAUCAUUACAGGCUUUUCAAAGAUGCGAAGAGGCAAAAACGGAGCAUCAGGCAUAUUUCUGUGCACUUUGGAUGUGCAAUUUCUGCCCCUACCUGCAGGCUGGCAGCUGGGUAUUCAUGCGGCUAUAGCCGACCUUUGAAAACUUAACAGCAAACACAUCCACAUUUAGAAAGUAGAUUGUCACAUAAAUAUCAAAGAGAAAGAGGUCUACCUUAAGAGAAUUAUUUUGUUUAGACCAGGAAUCCAAAUAUUGUUUCUUCCUGUCAUUAUGGAAAAAUCCCAUAGAAUUAAGAAAUUUUGCUGAAGGAGCAUUUGAACGUAUCAGACUUGUGUGGGAGUCAGCCUACAACAAAAGUCAAGUGAAAAUAUGAUUACUGCAUCCUGUAAGUAUUUAAAGUAGUCCUUGGCUUAAUGUAUGUUCAUUCUCUAGAAACUCCCAAGAAUUAAUAUUUUCAGGGUGACAUACAUUCCCUUUGCAAAACAUAGGAAAAUGCAUAGAAAUACCACUCUGAUAGAAGUAACAUUUCUGUUCACUUUGGGGCUUUCCAGAGUUGCCUUGACAUAUAAAAUAGAAAUCUUUCGAGCUUAUAUGAAGUGUUGCAUACAGAGCUCUAGCCAGAAGAAAAAGGAGGGGUCGGAGGAGCUGAAGUUCACAGCGCAUUGGGAGUACGGUGUUUGGAGGAGACGUGUUCAUGGGGAUAGACACCCUGCACACGUGUUGUGGAGUUGUAGGUGCUUCCGUUCCUACCGGUCAAAGAGCUUUUGAUCUGUGU